AUGGAUGGUAAAUUGACAACAAAAGGUGAAAGCAGUUUAAUAACCAUUGAAGGAAAUAUGGGUGGCCAUUUAGUUUCAAAUUCAGAAAAUGUAUCAAUCAUAAAUGUCAAUAAGGAAAUGAGGGGCGAAAUUACCAACAAUGCAAAACAUUCCGAAGCAAAUAUUGGAAACUUGAGUGGUUCAAUGAAUAUUGAAGCAAGAGACUUCAAUCAAAUUCAUAUUAGGAACAAUUUAGAUGGAAAUGUAAAUGUAAAAUCAAAAGAAUCAGAUAUUAACGUUGGUGGAAACUUGAGUGGAAACUUGCAAUCAAAAUCCACAACAACUGCUUUGAAUGCUGACAAAAACAUUUCUGGAAACAUUGCCAUUGAAGGAAAAACAUCCGUUGUGAACACAAAAGCAAAUUUACAAGGUUCCGUCUCUGUUUUGUCCGAGCAAAAUGUCCUUAAUGUGGGAGGAAAUGUGAAUGGAAGUGUAUUUGCAAAAGCAGAGAAAACAAAUGCGAUUAACGUGAUCGGCAAGUUGGAUGGAACAGUUAUUGAAGAAUCUGAACACCUAAAACUUUUUGCAGGAGGAGUUUCUGGAAAAGUCUCAUCGGAAAGCAAGAAAUCAAGUGCUAUUAUUGUUGAGAAGGAAAUGGCUGGUGAAAUUGUCACUACAGGAGAAACAUCAAUUAUUAAGGCAAAUAAUUUAAGUGGAUCUGUUGAAUCUUCUUCAAAAGAUUUUAUUGUUAAAAUUGAUAAUAAUAUGAGUGGAGAUAUUAAGGCAAAAAAUAAUAACUUUAAUUUAGAUAUUGGUAAAAACAUGAGUGGAGAAGUUUCUUCAUUAUCAGAAAAUGGAACAAGAAUUUCUGUUGGGAACACAAUGACAGGUUCUCUCAAUUCAACUGCGAAAGAAUCAUCUAUUUGUGUUGAGAAUGACUUGACUGGAUCAUUGAAUUUCAAAUCCAAUGCAACAGAUUUGAAAAUUAAAGGUGAUUUGAAAGGAUCUGUGAAAGGAGAAAGUACUAAUUUUUCAAAUAUUGAAAUGGGAAGAAUGAGUGGAAAUCUCACAUCAAAUUCAAAGCAAAACGAAAUUAAUAUUCAAAAUGAUAUGAGUGGUAAAUUGACAACAAAAGGUAUCAAUAACGUAAUUAAUGUCGAUGGUAAUUCAACAGGAUUCACAAAUAUUGAAUCUGAAAAUAUUACAAUAAUGAAUAUUUCUAAAGAUUUAAUUGGUAAUGUUCAAGAUGAAUCAAAAUAUUCAAAGAUGGAAGUUCAUUCAUUAACAGGAAAAAUCAAUUCUAAAUCAAGUCAGAGUAAUAUUAUUGUAAAAAAAGAUCUUGAAGGUCGAAUAUUCACAAAAGGAGACACUAAUGUAACGAGUGUUGGGGGAGAUUUGAAAGGAAAAUUUGUUUCAAAAUCAACAAAUACUUCUCUCAGUGUUAGUAAUGACUUAUCAGGUUUGGUUGGAAUUGUAGAGGGAAAACAAGCUUUUCUCAAUGUAGGAGGCAAUACUGGAGGUGAUUUCAUGGGUACUGCUUCUGAUUUAACAGUUGUUAAUGUUGAAGGAUCAAUGAAAGGAACAAUGAUUGUUAAAUCAGACAAGUCACAAGUUGAUAUUGGUGAAAAUUUGGAUGGUUCAUUAAUAUCAGAAGCUAAAACAACAUCCCUUAAUAUUGAAAAAGAUACAAAUGGUAUUAUAUCUCUUGAAGGAGAAUCGAAUAUUGUCUCUGUUAAGGGAAAUUUUAAAGGUGAUGUAUUGUUAAAGUCUGAACAAAUUACAAAAUUAACUGUUGAAAAAGAUGUUAGUGGAAGAAUAUUCGAUGAAUCCAAAUAUUCAAAUUAUAAUAUUGGUAAUGUUUCUGGUCAAAUUCUCAAUCAAUCAAAAGCUAUUGAAACAAAUAUUGAAAAUGACAUGAGUGGAACUAUUUUCAUCUCAUCAGAACAAAAUGUACUAAAUGUUGGUGGAAAUGUAAAAGGGUACCUAGAAUCAGAUUCUUUACUUAAUUUUGUACACGUAGAAAAAGAUGUGAGUGGUAAAUUAAAACUUUCUGGUAAUGAAUCUGAGACGACUGUUGGAGGUGAUGUUAGUGGUGUUGUUUUGAGUAAAUCAAAUACUCUAAACAAAUUGGUUUCUAAUUCUAUAAGUGGUGAUGCCCAAUUAUCAGGUCAAGUUUCUCAAACAAUUGUCAAUACUGUUUCAGGAAAAUUAAUAGCUGAUGCUAGUUCUAAAAAUUACACUACCAUUUCAGAAAAUCUAUCAGGAACACUCAUUACAAAGGGUGAACAAUCUAAUACAAAUGUAUGCAAAGAUGUUACAGGAAGUAUGUAUCUUGCAUCAAAUCUAAACAGUGCUAAAGUUGGAAACAAUAUAGAAGGCAAAGUAAUAACUUGGGGAGAAGCAUCACAGAUUGAAGCUGAAAAUGUUCAUGGUUAUGUCAGUGCUCCAACAACAAAUACAUUUAUCAAUGUUCAUCAAGAUAUUGAGGGAUCACUGAAAGCAAGAGGAGAAAAUACUUCUAUUGUUGUUGGUGGAAAUGUUAAUGGUGAAAUCUAUUCCAAAGCAGAAAAAGAAAAUAAGAUCAAUGUUAUUGGUAAUUUGAAUGGUAAAAUCAUUGAAAAAUCUGAAAAUCUUCAACUCAAUAUUGGAAGUAUUUCUGGAAAUGGCUUGGUACAAUCCGAAUCUUCUAACUUGAAUGCUGUUAUUGUAGAAAAAGAAAUGGCAGGUAAAGUUUUCUUAAAAGGAGACACCUCUAUUCUCAAAGCAAAUAGUGUGAGUGGAUCUGUUGUAUCUUCUUCAAAAGAUUUCAUUGUAAAGGUAGAAACCGAUAUGAGUGGAGAGGUUGCAUCUUUAAAUACCAACUUGAAUUUCGAUGUUGGAGGAAAUAUGAGUGGUAGUCUUCAAUCAACAACAGAAACUGGAACAAGAAUUAAGGUUGGACAAACCAUGUCAGGUUCAAUUACAAACAAAUCAAAGAAUUCUGACAUCACAACUGGUGAUAUGAGUGGUCGCUUACUUUCUGUUUCCGAUUACAAUUUUAUUACAACAAAGGACUUGUCUGGAGAUUUAUUACUUGGUGGUAAGAGUUCCUCAAUCAUAAAGGCCAACAAUAUAUCUGGAGAUGUACAUAGCUUUAAUGAGCAAUCAACACAAGUUAAUGCUAACUCUCUUUCAGGAAACCUUCAUUCUGAAUCAGAAAUCAAUACUAUUAAUAUUGUAAACAAUGUAGAGGGUGAAAUAUCAACAAAAGGAAAGAACACAUUUGUUGAUGUUGGUGGAGACGUUGAGGGAAUGGUAUUUGUAAAAGGAGAAAAUAGUGUCAUCAAGUCAACUGGAAACUUACAUGGAAGAGUUAUGGUGAAAGUUUCUAACAUAUCUAAUUUAGAAUUCGAAAAUGUCCAAGAGGGAUCAUCGCUGUAUUCUGAAUCCAAGACUGGAUAUUUAACUACCAAGAAUUACUCCUCUUCUUCUGCUGCAUUUUUAACUGAUAACGAAUUCACAUUAAAGGCAGAAUCAGUGAAUAAUACUGGUACAUUAACUGGCACCCAAUUACUAAUUCAAGCAGAAAAAGAUAUCAAUAAUAGUGGUGGUAUGUCAGCAAAGAAUCUGCAAUUGGAAGGUCGGACCCUUAAUAACUUUUCUAAAAUGACGGCAGAUAAUAUCAAUAUUGAAACAACAUCUGUUAAAAACUCUGGAGAAAUGACAAGUGGAAACCAAAUAUUUAUUAAUUCUAAAUCAGUUUCCAUGACGAAUAAUUCAAUUACUAAAGCAAAAGAUAUAAUGGUGAAUGAUGCAACCAGUGUAAAUGUGCAAAAGGGUGCUUUUGUUCAAUCCGAGAAUAAUCUUUCUGUAAAAUCUGGUACUUUUCAAAACGAAGGAUGCUUAAAAGGUGAAAUAACUUAUUUAGAAUCAAAAACUAUUUUUAAUGAUGGAUUAAUCAAAGGAAAUGAAGCAACAAUCAUUACAGACUCUUUAUAUCUUGGAAAAAUUAGUGAUAUUAAGAGUGAAAAGCUUGGUAUUAAGACUGAGUUUAUGCAUGAUACUAGUUCAUCAACCAUAAAUGCAAAUUCUAUUGGUAUACAGAAGACAGGAUCAUCAAAUUUGAAAUCCCAAAUAACAGCAAAUGAUCUCUCACUUGUAACUGAUGAUUAUAAUUUAAAUGAAAUGGACAAUCUUAAAAUUAAGAAAGAUUUUCAUAUCAAUAUGAAAAAUGCUGAUAAGGUAGUCGAUAAAGAAAUCAAGUUGGAUAAUAUUGGACAUUUAUCAAUGGAAGUUAAUAGUUUCAAAAACAAUUCCACAAUUUCAGGUAGUACUUCUGUCUAUUCAACUAAUGAUAUUGUGAAUACUGGUAAAAUAGUUGGAGAGAAAGUAGUCCUCGAUUCCAAAGAUGGAAAUAUUGAUCUUUUUAAAGGACAAAUUCAUGGAAAAGAGUUGGAACAAGUAGUAGCAGGAAAAAAAAUUAUUCUACAAAAGGAUAAAUCUUCAUAUGGAAAAGGAAGUACAGAUAAAGAUGGAAAAUAUAUUCCAAGUAGAAAAGACAUUAUUUUCAAGUCUGGAGAGGGAGACAUUGAUUUUUCUAGAACGAUAAUUGAUGCUUCUGGAGAAAUAGAGUUAGUGGCAACACAAGGGAAGGUAAUGGCAAAUGGCUCACAAGUAAGAGGAGGAAAUAUUCUUUUCAGUGGCACAAAGGGAGUGGAGUUCAACCCAGUAGCUGGUAAUCUAUUUCCCAAUUUUAAAUUUCAAGAAUACGCACCAACAAAUCCUCAAAAGGGAACCAUUAAUUUUAUUAGCACUGAAGGAAAAGUUUCAGCUCUUAAUUCCAAAAUAACCAGCAACCAUGGAACAAACAUUUAUGGUCAUUUGGGGGUUGAUGUUUCCACUGCUGAUAUUAAAAGUCGACAUGGUGAUGUCAACAUUAGCUCAAAGCUUGGAGAUAUAGUUGGAAGAAAUGUUACUAUUAAUUCUGCAAAAGAUACAACCAUUAUUUCUGAGAAUGGUAAUGUAGAUAUUAGCUUUGAAAAGAAAUAUUAUGGAAGAAGACCAGAAUUCCAUGUCUCUAAAAUCAAUGCAAACAAAUUGAUUGUUGAAGGUAAUAAUAUUGAUAUGCGUGCUGCAGACAUUGAAACUAAAGAAGGAGGUAAAAUACAUGCAACUGCAAAUAUUACUGCUGAUUCCCAAAUUGAAACUUAUGUGAAAAGAAGUUGGAGUAGAAGUGGAUUCUUAUGGUUUUCAGGAGAAUCUGGAUAUGAAGAAGAUGCAGUUCAAGCAAUUACUCGUAUCAAAACCAAUGGUAAAUUCCAAAUAUUAAGUGAUACUGGUAAUAUUUCUGCCAAAGGUAUACAAAUCGCAGAUGAUAAACAAAAAGCAUCGAAUGUGGAUAUGAUUGCAGAGAAAGAUAUCAAUUUGAAUGCAGUUACUGCUCGUGUUCACCAUUCAGGUUCAUCCUAUUCAUGGUUUGGUCUAAACUCAUCUUCAAGAAGUGGUUACAACACUGCAGGUAAUUUUGCUGUAGUACAAGCUUCUGAUAAUAUCAAUAUUCGUUCAAAAUCUGGAAAGAUUGAAGGACAAGGUGUAAUUCUCGAUGCAAAGAAUAUUUCUGUUCGGGCUAAAAAAGGAAUAGAUCUUAAACCAUAUGAAAUUGAGACAUAUGAACACAUUCGUGAAAGAGGUUUCACCGUUGGCUUGGGAAAUGCACCAAGUUUGAUAAAUAAUAGCAAGCAAGUAUUUUCCUCUGUUUCCUCAAUGGGUAAGGGUGACCCUGGUGCAACUGGUUUUAUAAGUGAUGCAGUUGGAGCAGGACUCGGUUUAUAUAAUAUGGGUGUUGGUCUAGCUCAACUCUCACUCUGUAAUUUUGACAUGUUGGUUGAUGAAGCUUUGAAAUGUAUCAGUCCAAGUAUUGGUUUUUAUGAUAAUGAGCAAACAUUUUAUCAAAAACAACAAGUAUUAGGAAGUAUAACAUGUAACAACUUGGAAGUUACAGUUGAUGAUGAUGAUGGAAAAGCAUCUAUUGCUUCUAACAUACAAGUUAGUAAUAGAACAGUAAUCAAUGCCACUAAUGUUGAAUUUAAUAAUGCACAACAUGAUACUAGAACAACAAGCAGAUCAACAACAUUUGGUGUUCAAUUAAAUAUUGGUUCAUUGUUAACUGGAGGUACAGGUGUUCCUAUUACAGUUUCAGGUUCUCACAAUGAAUCAAAGGGAAGUACAAAAAAUAAUCAAGCAGCCAAUAUAAACUUGGGAGAUACUCACUCUGUAAGAAAUUCUACAAAGAUUCAUAAUAAGGGAAAUUCAAUCCAUAUGAAUAGCACAUCUGGUGGAGAUGUAAAGAUCAUUGAUGAAGAUAUGCAAAACCAACAAGAAUCAACAUCAUCAGGUUUUAAUUUUUCUGUGACAGGAACACUCAGCUCUAUUUCAUCUGCCUCAGUUGGAGCUCACUAUGAAGAACAUGAUCAUAAAGUUACAACUCAAGAAGGAAGAGCAAAAACAACAAUUAUUGACAAAAAAAAUCAUGUUGAGCAAGAAAAAAUUGAAAAACAAGAUUAUCAUCAUGACUUUGGAAUUGGUUUCCAAUAUUCUCAUUCGUUUGAAGAUAGUACAAGUCCAGAAAUCAAUUUACCUCUCAAAGUUUAUGGUCAAUUUGGAGAUAUGAAAUUUAGAAUAGAAUUGCCUCCUCUAGAUAUGUGUGAAAGAUUCCAAAAAGGAGCUAAUAUAAUCACAAAUGCUGUUAAUUAUAAUUUUGAUAGAGAUGCUCCAAACAAGAUAUUCAAAUUUGAAAAUAAGCAAGAUGAAAAAAAGGCAGAAACUGAUCUGAGGAAAAUGCUAAAAGAAGGAACAAGUUAUGAAGAAUCCCUCUUGCGAGUCCAACAAAAAUAUCAAGUUUAUACAUAUGAGCAAGCUGAGAAAAGAAAUAGGGAAGAAGGAAAUAUGGAGAAAGAAACCAAAGUCCUAAUUAAGUUAAUCAACAAUGCCAUAGAAGAAUUGGAAAACACUCCCGAAAAAGAUGAAAAAGAAAAAGAAGGACCUAAGGAGAUCUCAGGAGACGAUUUAGAUGAGAAAGAAAAACCUAACCUACCAGAAAUUUUAACAAAACUGUUUAAAGAUAUUGGAAUAGGUGUUAUCAGUGAAAAUCAAGAACUUAUCAAAGAUAUUUCUAAAAAAGUUGGAGGGUCCGUGUUUACAGCUAUAAUGAGGAAAAUGCCAACUUCUUUAAAAUCUAGCAUCUUAGGUAUAAUUAUGAGAACAAAAAGUGUAUUCGGAGAUUUGGAUAUUAGUUCUGCUGACUUUGAAAAUUUCCUUCCUGAAAAAACACUUAUGAAAACCAUUAAUAACUCGAAGGAAACAGUUAUUCUUAAUGAAAAGUCAAAAGCAAGUACUACUUCUUCAACUUCCAAAAAAGAUUUUCCAAAAUCUGCAUUCAUGAACGCUUUAAAGGGAGUUGCUGCUACUGUUUUAGAAUAUUCCAAUACAGAAAACAGAAAAAGAACAGUUGAGGAGGAUGUGAUAAGAGCUUUUCUUUCUCAAUCUGUAAAUUUAGGAUUAGAAAUUGGUGAACUAUGUGUGCAUUCCUAUUUAAAGGAUGAACCAGUAUUUAACACACUUAAAGAAAAGAUCAAUAGUAAUAGUGUGUUUGAUAACGCCAAAUUAGGUCUUUUAGUUGAUUUCAAUUCCACAGAGUUAACAUCAGAAACUUUUCCUGGUAUUGACAAUAAUUCACGUAAUGAAAAAUCUACACUUUCUUAUCAUAAUAAGUAG